UUUGUUUGUCAUAGUACCUAGACAACUUUUUAGUUCUCAUUACCGAAACAUGAGUUUGUAAAUACAUAUAUUUAAUGUAAUAUCAUGUUGCGGUAAUGAUAAUUUUUGAUAAUGAUAAUCUAAAAGAUGUAAAUAAAUAUUUUUUCAAAAGCCUUUUCACUCGGAUAUAUGUCAAGACGGGGAAAUACUUCAGUUAAUUUUGACUUUAAAUGAAACACAAGUGAGAACUCUCUUAAGCUAUAAAAGAGCAACAACAUUUUCGACUGGAUUUUCAUUUUCCUACAUGCUGUUUAAAUAAAGCAGUCCUGUCAUUUCGCCCAAAAAUAAAUAGAAAUUGGUAUAAAGACUCUGUGGAGAACUCCUGUAUAACAAAGCUCGGUUGAUAAACCCUCCCAGGACCAUUUUGUUCUGAUUAAAAAGCAUACUUUUGUAGACGUGAGAUUCAGCGCUGUUUGAAUUCUGAGAAGCUAAUUAAAUAGAAGUCGAUAAACGCCGACCUGCUGGGUCUUAUGGAUUCACCAGAGGAGAGAACGACAGCGUGAACUUAAAUGGAUUAUUUGUGUAAAGUCUAUCGGUUCAUACUCAUACGGCUAAUAGCUCGGGUCAGGAUGAAAUUAGGCCCAGGGUUAAGUCUAAGUUAUGAAUUGGGGAACGGAGACUAACUAAUUAAAAGUUUGCGAAGGAUGCACGCUGAUUGUAAAUGACUUCGGAGGGUGCUCAAGCUGUUUGUGCUGUUAAUUAAGCAAAAGAAGAAGAAGUGGCCGCUCAAAUCAUUACACAAUGCAAUUAAUGCGAUUUGCGAGACACGCCGAGAGAACGACUAACAAGAGAACGCCGGCUCGGGUCAAAGCGAACGUUGUGAUUUCUGUUUGUUUGCUAAUGCAUCAUUAAAAGCGAAGAAGUCUCGCGCAACAAAACCCAGUCGGUCCCCACAUCCUGAGACCGUCUCAUUGUUUCUAUGGCAACACACCUCUGCCUAGUGAGUUGAGAGGAAAAAAACAGUCUUUCGUUGAGGUUUCUUUUAAGUUCCUGCUUCUUUGUGGAUGAAAUGUACGACAGCUUGGCCUGUAAAUGAUGGUGGAGAUUGUAAAAACCCCAGGUGAAAGAUUGGGAUUGGAAUACAAAAGCAGAGAAAGAAAGGAAGAGGAAAAAUCUCAGAGGGAAAAUCUUCUCAUCUCGGUGCGUCUUUGACAGUCAAUUUACAUCUGAGAGAAUCUCGCCGAGUUACGGCUCGCCUGGCUCGGCUUCCCGGCUCUUUGUAACGGUUACGUGAAACUUGUAUUUAUAUCUGAACUGAUAAUCUGCACUACAAACGCUCUUCAAAGAGCCACGUUUCUUUCAGGUGACUGCACAGUGGAACGUUUAAUUGGAAAUGAAUCCACAUCUCCAGUUUCAAGAUAGAUCAUAUUACAGAUUUGGAGUUAGAUGAGUUAAAGAAUGACCUCCGGAGAAGCAACUUUUUAACACGUUAAUUGUUUCGUAUCUCGGCACAGAGGGUCAGUGAGUUAGAAGAUCAGCUCACCUUCAGCAAGCUGUAAUUGAGGGCUAAGACCCCUCGAUACCUCCAGAAUUCGUAACCUAAGAUGGCAAUAUGUUGAAAGAAAAUGGGAAAGCCUAUCAAUCUCCUGAGCGAGAUGGAGAUAUCUGGAACCUGCAUGAGAGCACGAAACAUUGAGAGCAGAAGAGAUCACCUCAUUUACACCGUGAUUGGACUUGAUGAAGUGCUCCUCACUUUUAGGAGUCCCGGUGUAGUUAACGCGCUCUCCGUUCAAUCACCGCAGCUCUCAACCCGUAAUAACCUGCUUUAAUCCUUACUGCGGUAUAUCUGAUGGCCUCGGAUGAGAGGAAAGAGGCCAGACGCCUCUGUGCGGUGAUCAACUUUUCAACGAAGGCCAUCAGGGUUGAGCCAUCCACCUGAACGGCCAUAAACGCUGUUGGAAUGGUUUGGAGAGGGAACGUUUUUGAAUGAAGGUCUCAUAAAUUUAGACAAGUCCUGGGAGCUCGCUCGUAAUAAGGCACUUUAGUACUAUCUGGUGACCGGUAUAGAGAAAUAACUAACUGGAUGUAGUGAAGUUACUAACUUUAAUGCAUUUCUCAGUAGUGUGAUGGUAACACAGCAGAUGUCCUAAUUGUGCUUUUAUCAACAAUCAAACAACUGCAAUGCUGAAAAUAAUGAAAACAUUGCUGCAAAAUAUGGCACAACUCCAAAAACUCUCUAUUGACGACUUAUCAAGAGGACGGUCUUAUCGAGAAACCGUGCCGGUCGGUCAGGGGCGAUGACGGUGCCCUCGGCCCAUGAGUUUCACUGGCAGAGCCUGGCUUCUCUUUCCAGUGCCCGCGUGUAUCACUCGUUGGCUGAUGUCGGUGGGCAGCUCUUUAUGGUAGGGGGUUGCGAUGCUUCGGGUCGACCCACCAGCGCUCUCGAGCGCUACUCUCCGGAGGUAGACCGAUGGAUAAGUCUUCCUUCGAUGCCAACGCCGAGAGCAGGGGCUGCAGUGGCUGUCUUAGGCAGACAGCUUUUGGUGGUCGGUGGAAUGGGAAAGGACCAGCGCCCCCUAAAGGCAGUGGAGGUGUACAACACAGAUGAAGGCAAAUGGAGGAAGAGGUGUUCGCUUAGAGAAGCAUCUAUGGGACUUGCGAUCACUGUUAAAGAUGGCAGAGCUCUUACUGUUGGGGGAAUGGGAGCCGACCUCCUGCCCAGAAGUGUUCUCCAACAGUACGACCUUCGCAAGGACGUUUGGGCACUGUUGCCGCCCAUGCCCACCCCUCGAUACGACACCAGCGUCUGCCUACUGGGCUCCAAGAUUUACGUGGCAGGUGGACGUCAGUGCAAGCGUUUGGUGAAGGCUUUUGAAGUCUUUGACAUUGAAACCCGUAGCUGGUCUACUCUACCCAGCCUGCCCUGCAAGAGAUCUUAUUCUGGGGUGUUAUGGGACAGCGCAGGGCGUCUCUGCUGGUUAGGAGGACUCAGACAGGGAGGAAUACACCAAAGUUCAAAGUUUACCAAGAACGUUAACAUCUUUGACACCAACCAAGGAUUGUGGCUGAAAUCAGAGGACACCGUACCCUUGAAAACUAAGCGAGCAGACUUUGCCGCAGCAAUAGUUCGAGGCAGAAUGAUUGUGGCAGGGGGUCUGGGGCAUCAGCCGUCGGUGCUGGACACUGCUGAAGCUUUCCACCCCGAUAAGAGAAAAUGGGAGAGGCUGUCACCCAUGGCCACGCCUCGUUGCUCUGCGUCCAGCAUUGUGAUCCGUGAUCGCCUAUUGGUGGUGGGAGGUGUCAAUCAAGUACCUAGCUCCGCCCAUGAGAUUCUAUAUGUAAAAGAGGAGGAGAUUCUUUAAUCGCUGAUUGUUUCUAUUUAGAUGAGAGACAUAAGCUGCCUUUGAAGAUCGGGUAAUUGUUACACUUAGGCCUGAAACACGAAGUAUGCAAACACAGAUGCAAAUGUUUGGCUAUGGUAUUGUAAGCCAGCUGUCUCAUAUGUUGUGUGUUUUUGCUUUGGUGAUAACAAACCUCGAGAGGACAAUAGAGUUACCGUCAAAUGUUUGUGCCAAAAUGUUGCCUUCACAUCGGAAAAUUUCUCCCCCGCCCCCUUUUGAAGUCAUGAGGUCCUUUGCUGUAUAAUUGCAAUGUAAAUUGCAUCUUGAAUUCAAUUUUGAUAUAUUUUGGAAUGCUACGCAUGAAAUCAAAUUCGCAUAACUUACAUUCACAUUCUUGCAUGGAGUAUGUUUCGGGCCUAACUUCUGUACAACAAGGUUUUCCGAUGCUAGACUGUUUAUAUGAAUAAGCUACAUUAUCGUAUGAUGAUUGCACAUAAUAAGCACAAUGUUAGAAACAACACAGACGUAUUUGAAGCUUAGAGUUCGUGCCAUUUUUACAGAGCGCAAAGCAACGACAAUCCGCUUCCUAAAGCCAACAAGCCCAAACAUUCACCGAGCCAAGAAAAUAAUGCAUAAAUAUAGCCAGACACACACACUUCAGAAAGAGAUGAAAUAUGUUUGAAAUGAAAUGAGUUCAGUCGUGUCUUAUAGUCGUCUCUGUUGAGAUGUUUAGGGUAUUUGCUAAUAAAUCAACGGCUGUUUUUUAGCAUUAUUGUUUAGUAUUGCAAAUUUAGGCUGUUUAUUGUGCACACCUCCCUGUGAUUUAUAAUCGUUUAGAACAUGAACAGAGUUUGGUGGCUUGUAUGGUGAAUAUGUUUAACUAGGUUUAGAUAGUAUUAUCUGAACUGUAGCACACUCAUGCAAUUCUUUUUUAAAAUGUUUACAAUGUUAUUAGCAAUUUAUGGUAGCAUAUCAAAUGUUACUGUAUAUAUAUAUUGUCCUUAAAGACCCCAUGGAAUCAAAAUUAGACUUUCUGUGUUUGUGUAGAUGUAUGGAAGGCAUAUAAGGCCAGUUUUAAAAAUUUCAUUUUCAAUAAAAUCAAGAAUGCCAAUAUGAAAAUUAAAAGGGAAACUUAAAAAAGACACUGCAAAUACAUUUUUAAAAGACUUUUUAUUAAUGCUCACGCAAUAAUAGUGACAAAAAUCUAAUUAAAAUGUAAAGUUCAAGUAUUCAUUUUAUGCUCUCAGACAUUUUAUGUCUGCUUAAUGAAUAAUGUAAAUGUUCUCUCACAGUUUUCCUUUUUUCAUUUUCAAAGUCAACCUGUAUGCAAAUUCUAUGUUAAUAAGUGGGCGGGGUUUACCUGCUCAAGUACUGUAGCAGAGACUGUCACAGUGUUGCUAUGUAGCAUUUUUUCAGACCCCAUUAGCGAUUUUUUUACAUAAACAUUUGUUCAGUGACUGUUUGGAUAAACCUUAGCUUUACAUCUGUACACGUUCUGUGUGGCCAGUACUUCCUCACGAGUGUCAGCUCCAUAAUAUGCCUUCCAUAUAGUUCAUGAUUGUUAGAUCUGAUCCCAUAUAGAGUUGCCCUUAAAGCUGUUCAAAGAAACUUUUUAAUGCAUUUCACAGUUACAAUCAUCCUCUUCUGGCAAACCAUAUCAGAAAUGUUAAUAAAUCAUCUUGAAAAUUUGCAAUAGCAAGAACCGUGGUAUAAAUUCAUUUUAAAAAAUGUCAUCAUUGUCCACGGUUUAAGCUGUCGAACGUGGAUUUAACAGGCUGGGACAUAAAAAUUCCCAAAGAAAACAGCACUUGAUCCCAUGAGGUCUUUAAUGUUACACUAUAAAAAAUUGUUAGUAAAGAGUUCAGAUGCAGUAUUUUUAGACAUUGGAUGUCACAGUUGAAUUAUAGUGAAAAAGUCUUUAGGAAAGUAAACAGCUAUGUCCAAAAUAUAUUUCACAUUGAUCGGUAUUUAAAAGACGUUUAAUGUUUCGUACUGUAUGAUGAAAUAAUAUAAUGUGUUGACUUGAGUUGACAUGAGUUAGUUUUUAUUAUUUAGAUAACUGUGUCCAUAGCAAUAAAAUAAAGCACUGUAAUACAUGGUUUUCUUAAAUAAACUAUCUGUAUGUUUGUGGUUUUGCCAUGAAAUGAA